AUGGUCAGCAUUGAUAACUUUUUCAAGAAGGGGACUUCUGGAAGACAUCCUACCAAAGGUCAGUCGGCGACAGCACCAGGUUCGAGCUCAUCUGUGGAAAAAGACGGUGCAUCGAAAUCAGUUAUUGAUCUAGUUGAUUCAGAUAAAGAGGACCUUGGGGCCUCUGAAACCCAGAGUAGUCAAAACAAUCAAGACAUGUCACUGGAAAUUUUAGAUGAGGACCCUCAGCCCAAGAAGCGCAGUCGGGCAGCACCAAGUAGAGCGCAAAUUCCAACUAAAGCAUCGCAGCAAGACAAGCAAAAGGCAUCUGCUUCUCCUCAAAAAAAGGCCAGGACUACCAAACCUACUAAAGCACAACCUCCUGGGUCUGGGUCGUUGGAGGAGCUUCUCUCGAAGAUUCCUUCUAUUGAUUUGGACGCCGUUCAUGUAAAGGAAAGCGUUGGGUUCGAUUUUCGAGCUAAUGCCCAGGGUGAUGCCUCUUCUCAAGUACCAGCAGAUGGCUCAGACUUUCCUGAAGGUGAACCCAAUUGCUUAUUGGGGUUAACAAUCGUGUUUACAGGUCAAUUGCCAACUUUGGAGCGUGGGACAGCUGAGGCCAUAGCUAAAAGGUACGGUGCUAGGGUUACGAAGUCCAUAUCCAGCAAGACUUCUUUGGUGGUUCUUGGAGACGAAGCAGGCCCCAAGAAAUUGGAGAAGAUAAAGCAACUAGAGAUCAAAGCCAUAGACGAAGAAGGUUUCAAACAACUUGUCUCUGGGAUGCCAGCAGAAGGUGGAGAUAACACGGCUGCUGAAAAGGCUCGGCAAAAACUUAAACAACAAGAAGAAGCUGCUCAAGAUGAGGCCCGAGAAAUGGUUAAGCGUGAACAAGAACAGCGGGAGAAACUCAAAAACUCGCGGCAGGCUGAUGGUACUGUGAAAGAUUCCAAACAUGUUACCAGAGAAGAGGAUAAAUUAUGGACUGUCAAGUACGCGCCGACCUCGCUAAAUCAUAUAUGUGGCAACAAAACUAGUGUCGCAAAAUUGAGAACAUGGCUGACCAACUGGAGAGGCUAUCAGAAACAAGAUUUUAAGCAGCCUGGAAAAGAUGGCCUUGGUGUCUUUAGAGCAGCGAUGCUUUAUGGCCCUCCUGGAAUUGGAAAAACAACCGCUGCACAUUUAGUUGCUAAAGAGCUAGGCUAUGAUGUGCUAGAAAAAAACGCAUCCGAUGUGCGGUCAAAAUCCUUGCUGAACGCAGGUGUGAAGAAUGCGCUAGAUAACACCUCGAUAGUAGGAUUUUUCAAAUCAAAAGAAGACGGAGACGUGAAUCAAAGGAAGUUUGUUAUUAUCAUGGAUGAAGUGGAUGGUAUGAGUGGUGGUGAUCGCGGAGGUGUUGGUCAGAUGGCCCUCUUUUGCCGUAAAACUUCUAUGCCCAUGAUUUUAAUCUGUAACGAAAGAAACACUCCAAAGAUGCGGCCUUUUGACAGAGUUUGUCUCGACGUGCAAUUUAGGAGACCUGAUGUGAACAGUGUCAAAGCAAGACUCAUGACGAUUGCAGUCAGAGAGAAAUUUCAGCUAGACCCAAAUAUCAUUGAACGACUUGUCGAGGCUACUAGAGGUGAUAUAAGACAACUGAUAAAUCUUUUAUCGACCAUCUCGACUACUACGAAGAAGAUAGGUCAUGAAAAUGCUCAAAAAAUAGCUCAAGCUUGGGAAAAAAACAUAGCAUUGAAGCCAUUCGACAUAGCCCACAAGCUAUUUGAUGGGCGCAUAUAUUCGGACAUUGGGUCCAAGAGUUUUCCAUUGUACAAAAAAAUGGAGUUAUACUUUGAUGAUUUCGAUUUCGCGCCGUUGAUGAUACAGGAAAAUUAUUUGCAAACAAGGCCCUCUGUUCUGAAGCCAGGUGAAACUCACUUAUCGGCAGUAGCAGACGCGGCGGAGAGUAUAUCACAAGGCGAUCUCGUCGAAAGAAAAAUACGAAGCAGUGAACAACAAUGGAGUCUGUUACCAUUUCAUGCGAUUAUGUCGUCUGUAAGGCCUGCCUCUGCAGUAGCUGGCCAAAUGGCCGGAAGAAUUAACUUCACAUCAUGGCUAGGUCAAAAUUCGAAAACUGGAAAGUUCUUUCGUCAACUGCAAGAGCUACAAUAUCAUACUAGAUUGAGCACAUCCACAGAUAAAUUGGGACUGAGAAUGGACUACAUGCCUACUAUGAAACGUAGAUUAUUAGAUCCCUUAGUGAACGAUGGAGGAGAUGGAAUUUCUGAGGUCAUUCAAACAAUGGACGACUACUACUUGUCCAAAGAAGAUUGGGAUUCUAUCAUGGAAUUCAUGAUUGGAAAUGACAAGACUGACGCACAGAUCAAGAAGAUCCCUACUGCGGUCAAAAGUGGUUUCACUCGCAAAUAUAACGCAAUGAUUCAUCCUGUGGCAAUUUACAAAACUGGAUCAACGACUGCUGUUGGUGCCAAGUCAAAGGCUACGCCAGACUUCGAAGACAUCGUAGACGCUGACGAUGAGGUUCCUCCGGCCGAUGACGAAGAAGAGCAGAAAGACGACACGGAUUUUAAGAAGGACAAAUUAAUUAAACAAGGCAGGCCAAAAGCCACCAAGAAGAGGCCUGCAUCUGCGGCUAAGAAAGCACCAGCAAAGAAACGUAAAGCUUAA